AAAAAAAAAAAAAAAAAAAAAAAAGACAGAUAGACAAGGAGUUCUUUUAUAUUCAAAAAUAAAAUCUCUCAAAAUAGGUAAUAAAAACAUAACAAAAAAAUUUUUCAAAAUAAUAAACAUGACAACAAUAAAAAGAAAUAACCAAAGCAUAACAUUCACACAUGCCAAGGGUAUCCAUGGAUACAUCAUGGUAAUCAUAAACAUAGCAAUCGUCUUGGAGACGACAAAAGCUUUAUUAAUCUUCUCCAAACAGUACACAAUGUACAUCGACAACAAUAUGCUUUUUCCUUAUUUUGAUGAAUCUAUCUCCGACCUGUAACGGAACACAUUCCGUGUACAACUGGACACAUUUGAUUUCUCCAUCUCUCUCUGUCUCUCUCUUUUUCUCUUGCUCCUUUUUUUUUAUUCUCUUGAUCCCACUUUCACAAUUGCAAGAAAAUCAUCUUUCAUAGGCUGACAUGGAUUGUUGUCAACACACCAAAAAGAUAACUGUUACACAUAUGCUUACGCUCUUUAUUCACUGUGUACUAAAAAUACUACAGUUGACCACAUUUCUUCUUUUAUACGCAUCAUGUCAUCAGCAUGAUAUUUC